AUGGGAAAAAAGAAAACGAAAAAGGGACAAAAAACUCAUCAUGCCCAACCAGAAUCGAAAAAGAAACCAGCGCCAGUUGACGAUGAAGAAUUCGACAAGGGUGAUGAUUUGUAUAUUUCGGAGAACGAUACAAAUUUAAUUGCCAAUCAUAUUCGCACAACGAAUAAGUCGUUCAAUAGUCUCGGAAAUCAAGUUGUGGAGCAAUUCUUGGGUCGAUGUGCUUUAGGUCUUUGUCAUGCACUUCUUUCUUUAUAUGAUGAAACAUGUUUGGUUAAAGAUGAUGUCAUUCGAAGGCUGAAUAUUAUUUAUAUUGUUUAUCGGCUACCCGAGGUUGAACAAGAAUUACGAGUGAAGCCUCAAAAAAAUAUUAAUGACAUUCUUAAUCAUAUGUUUCAAUCGUUUCUAUGCUAUGUGGAGAAUAGUGAACUGGAGGUAGAAGCGUGCCUCGCACGGAUCAUUUUAAGCAACAAUGCGAAUCUCAUUGAGAAACUCACUGCUGCUGAUUUCAUUACAAAAUCCAGCACACUGGCUAAUGUCGACUUUGACCGUGACAUUCUGUGCCGAUGGGAGGAUGAAAAUACACGACAUUGGAGUCUAGAUCUCGAUGAUGACGUGCCUGUUGCUGCACUUAUGCGACAUCUUGGUCAUCAACGAAAGGAUUUUGAAGCUGGAAUGCAAGAAGCAUUUUAUCCCAUCUACCAUCCUGUUCCAACUUGCCAACCAAUGCGACUAGACAUACAAAACGAAGAGGUCCGCGACGCUAAAACGAGAAAUCGAAUGUUCCAAACUGAAGAGCAAUGCAAAUUGCUCGAAGGCGUUUACUAUCUCGAAACGCCCGAUCUUCAGAAAAAGCUCAAAAAAGCGUUUGAAGGAAUGAAAGAACCACUUCAUGAUUUCCAAGAACACCGUUGCGAAGGAAUGAGCGACGAUGAACUUGCCGAUGUGAAUUAUGUAUUCGAUUUAGUCAAUUUGAAAGAUGACGAAUUUGACGAAUUUCGGAAGAAAAAACGAUUGGAUAGCGAUGAAUUUGAUCCAGGAGAGCAGCAUCUCGUUGCUGAUGCUUUCUUCAAUGUUAUGCGAGGAAUAAACCUUGGUCCUCAUCAAGUGAAUUUGUUGAAAAAAUUUUUGGAUGAAACUGAAGAUUCGAAUCCACUUUUUAUUCGAAUGAUUGCUGCUUUCAACAAUGAUAAUCAUUUGAAAAGUUUCAUAGUUCAUAAUCACAAGUUCGCUUGCGAAUUGGCUUCUCGAGCUCUUCGGUCUAACAUGGACACUGUUGUUGAGCGUUGCAUGACAGCGUUCGAAUCAUUAACUGUGAUGUUCCAAUCUAUGGAAUUGACGUUGCGAAUCUCGAAAGAUUUGCGCGCUCGUGGCGGUGCGACUCCUCUUGAGCGGGAGCAUGUCGGAAAGUUCGCGCGACUCUGCAUAGAAAGGUGCACUGCAUCUCCAACGAGCCGCAAUAUUCGUCUUGUCACAAUGCUUCUUAACCGACUCCUUAGAGACAAAACUCUUCUUCCUGAGGAAGUUUCAACCGAAGUUAAGGCAUUCACGUUGCAAUUUUCGGAUCAACCCGAAGCAACACUACUUUACAAGACAUUGUGCCAAAUUACAAUGGGAAUUCCGUUUGAGGACUCCGAUGUUGAUGAUGAAGGUUCGACUGUAGAUGUUGGAACAGGAUCGUCCGCCGCUGAAAAGGAGGAUGAACAAAUCAUCGAUGAUGAGGAUGGAAAUAUGCCUGGUCCUUCUGGAGAAACGGAUAUUUCCGAGACUUAUCAAGAAACGGUGGAAAAUAAUAAAUCCGUGAAUGAGAGCAAUCCUUCGGUCUCCGUGAACUCGGAUCAAAACCGAAUCGAGGCCACUGAAUGA